AUGACAAAUUCAAUGACAACAAAUCCUGAAAAUUUAAAUGAUCCUACUGACAUGGAAGAUAAAUCAACAACAACCAAUAAUGAUAACAAGAGGAUUCCAGUUGGAAAAUGGAUACCUGAAUUUGUUACAUCACCAAAAUUAAUUCACGCUUCUCUUAUACCUUUAGCUCAAUAUAAAAAAUAUAAAUCUAAUGAAAUUAAACAGAACACUAAUAACAACAGAAUCAAUAGUAAUAACGUCAAUAACAUUGUUAAUCAUUAUUCAAGAAGAAGAUUAUCUCAUGGAAAACGUACAUCUCAAAUAUUUCGACAACGUUUAUUAGAACAAAGCUUAUCGAUAUCACUUGUUGGUGCAGGUUCAACCAAUUUAUCGAAAAAUACUACUACCAGUAGUAUUACUAAAGUACGAUUUUCAUCUUUACCGUCAUCUUCUUCUCAAUCUAAAUUACCAAGACGUCGAUUAUCCAGAAAAGAAUCAGAUGAAUUAGUUCAAAAAGUUAAUGCCGAAAUUCAAAGAAGAAAAGAAAAAUAUGAAAUUCCUCGACCACCAUUAAGACAAAAAACAAAAUCUCCUAUUACGAUUUCUCCUAUUCCUUUUACUCCCACUCCUUUUACUCCCACUUCUUCCACCCCUCCUUUUACUCCGACUUCUACUACUCCUCCUUUUGCUCCCAGAUCUUAUCCUCCUCCUCUUACUCCCAAUUCUCGUCAUCUUUCUCCCUCUCUUUCUCCCUCUCUUUCUCCCUCUCCUUCUCCUCCUUCCCCUCUUUUGGAUUCUCAAAAUUCAAAAGCUUCAUUAUUACCUUUAAUUUCUUCAUUACCGGAAAUAUCAAAAUCACGUUCCCGUUCUAUAACUCCAACUUCCCCUAGAUCUCCAAAAUCUCCUAAAUCUCCUAAAUCACUUAUAUCUAAAGAAUUGCCUCCUUUUCCCGCUCAUUUGGCACGUUAUAGUAUGAUGAAAAUUCCGUUUACAAUGACUCUUAAUGUAUCAUCAAUGUUCUAA